AUGUGGUGGUUAUUUGUGAUUUCGUGUGCUUUAUUCACGUUUGGAAGCGGUGAAGAUGUCUCCCACAUUGAAACGACGACGAAUGCGAUGCUUGCGGAAGGUGAGGAGAAAAUGAGUAACUACAUCCUCCAAGUGUUGGAUCACUUUAAGAAACCAAACCCAGUCGGUAUACCGGGGGCAAAAAUACCUGAACCCUUUUAUGUUCCGGAUAUGAAGCAGUCCAUAUCAAUUGGCACCAUGUACUUCAGAAACACCGCCGUUUAUGGAAUUAGUAAAUUUCGCAUUUUGCACGUCGAAGCUGAAAUAGGAGCUAUGGAGGUGAAUGCAGCUUUGGCCAUCGACACCCUCCAAGCCCGCGGUAACUACACGAUGACUACCUGGCUGAGCAAAGUACAGGGACCCUUUACAGUUGACGUUACAGGAAUAAAAGUAACCGCCAAAGCCACGCUAGGCGUAGAGAGGGACGGCAAAAUUAGAACCCAAGAUAUUAUCAUCGACAUUGGGUUCAGCAAUAUAGCUAUGAACUUCGAAAAUGCAGGAUUUCUAGGGGGAAUGAUACAGGGUGUGGUCAAUUCUUUAGGUACAUUCCUUUUCGACUCUAUCAAACCCUAUAUCCUUAAAGAAGCAUAUACAAAAGCGAGAACAGCUAUAGAUCAAAAACUUGAAGAGUUCGCCGGUGAUAUGCAGUUCCCAAAUUCAAUUUCUCCUCUAGAUAUGGUAAUUGCUGAUGCCAGAAAAAAGGUGAGAGACCUGGACAUGGAUCCUUACCACUUAAAAAAUUACAAUACAACCGUGAGCAUUUUCACUGUUAGUUUAAAUAACACGUGGGUAACAGGGAUAUGCUCUUUCCAUAGAGUUGGUAACAUCACCUUAAUGAUGGAAAACAAUACAGUUAUAGCAGAUUUUGAGAUCGGCACCCAAAAGCUACAGGGCAACACGCUAUGGGAUAUUUCAGCUAUAAACGGACUUUUAUCUAGAGCCGGCAGCGCAUCAUUUUCAGUCGAGUAUAUAAGUGGGAGAAUAAUAUUAGGACAACCGCUAGAUACGCGGAAAAAGCCUGAGUUUCGUGACUUAGAUCUCGAAGUUGGGAAUAUUCAAGUAAGGUUUGAUGGGGCCGGCACUAUUGACUAUGUAGUAGAAUUUGUUGUCAAUAUACUUCCAAAUUUAUUACGAUACCAAAUAAUGGAUGCCUUAGAGACGCCUAUAAAAGAAAAAGUCCAAAUAGAGUUGGAUAAAAUUAACGUGGAAGACAUGAUCAAGCAGGAACUUCCUAAAAUCGAUGAAAUGCAAGAAGGUGGAUUCAAACUAUCAGCUCUUGUCGUGUCGGAGACCAAGGAAGAAACGACGUACGACGAUGAUGAAUUUUUUAACUUUUAA